CUUUUGGAAAGAUCCGUGACUGGCUAGCUCAUCUCUAUUAGGUUAGUCACUGUGUUGCCACAGGAUCCCAGGAGCAGACUAUUUGGUGAAGAAUGCUGUCAGAAGGGUAUCUCAGUGGACUUGCCUACUUGAAUGACAUUCAGUGGAAUUGUGCAUCUUAUAAUGAACCAGUCGCUGGGGAGCAGGGCAAGGCAACAAAUUCUCUUGCUGCUCUUUCAUAUUCCUCUGUGGAUGAAACAAAAGUUCAAAGUCUUUAUGUGAGCUACAAAUCCUCUGGGAAGUUUAUUUCAUCAGUGCAUGCAAGAGGGAGUCAGCACAGCAGAAGACAGAGCAGAACAGUGCUACAGGCAAACCCCAACCCUGUGUUUGAAAGUCCAACCUUGGCUGAAGUUGACAUAUGCAGAGAUGUGAUUAGGGAGACCUACUUGGUUCCACCUUCUUGCAAAAGUAUUUGCAAAAAUUACAAUGACUUACAUAUUGCAGGGGGCCAGGUGAUGGCCAUUAACUCAAUUAUGGCAGAUUUUCCCUCAGAGAGCAGCUUUGAAGAUGGUCCUUUGCUGAAGUCAUCUGAGAUUCCUUUGUCCAUGGAGGAUUCCAUUUCCACUCACCCCACUGAAUUUCCCCUCAAACCAAUCCAGCGGUACUCAUCCUACUGGAAAAUCACCAGCAUCAAAGAGAAAAGCAGCCUGCAAAUGCAGAAGCCUAUUUCCAAUGCAGUGCUCAAUGAAUACCUAGAGCAGAAGGUGGUUGAGUUAUAUAAGCAAUACAUUAUGGACACCGUGUUUCAUGACAGUUCUCCAACCCAGAUUCUGGCAUCAGAACUCAUCAUGACUAAUGUGGACCAAAUUAGUCUUCAAGUGUCUAGAGAGAAGAACCUGGACACUUCAAAAGUCAAGGACAUAGUGAUUAGCCACCUAUUGCAGUUGGUAUCAUCUGAGAUCAGCACUCCUAGUCUCCAUAUUUCUCAGUAUAGCAAUAUAAAUCCAUAGAGAAAAUUCCUCUCAAUUCUUCCCAUUCCUACCAAUCCCAAAAGAACACUGUAUUCAUUUAUUCAGAGAACACGAAGGAGGGAACUGUGGAAGGGAGUUAAGGACUAGUGAAGGAGAGUUUGAUAAAUCUCAUACUACUAUACCUACUGAGGGAAUACAGGAAGAGGAACCAUGAGGAAUGGUUUCAAAUGCAGCAGAAUCAGAGCAAAAAUAAAAAUGAUUACAGAGAGAAGGAAGGUACUGUAAUUUGUAAUUUCAUCAGUGGAGUACUGAAAUUGAAAGAUAAGCCGUAUUGGGACAAAAGGAAACACUAUGGUCAAACUAAAACCCAAACGAUUUGAGGAUUGGGAAUUAAACAUGUUUCCUAUUCAUAUAAAUUCCUAUAAGUUGUUUCUUCUGGAAAGAAAUGGAUUACAAGAAGGUUGUUAAAUUUGGAUGGACUGGCAUUUUUUU